AUGGCGUCUCCACCACCUGUCAAAAAGAGCCGAAAGGCCAAUUUUUCGGACAACGAGCUGUCGGCUCUGGUAGAUGGAUACGAGCAGCGCAAAGUGGCGAUUGAGGGAAAAGGAAACAGCGCGCAUGGCUCGAUUGCCAAGCAGCGGGCUUGGGAACAAAUUACUCGCGAUGUGUUCGCAGUUUCCGGCAUCCGAAGGGACGUGGCCGACAUAAAAAAGAAAUGGGCCGAUGUCAAGAGCAUCAACAAAAAGCGAGGUGUAGCCGUGAAAAAAAGUCAGUGUGCCACUGGAGGCGGCGUAGGCGACGAGCCCCUCAACGAGAUGGAGGGGAGAAUCGUGGGGCUGCUCAACGUGGAGUCUGUGGAGGGCAUCCCAGGCGCCUUUGACAUUGGCGUUGCCCCGAUUCAAGAGGUGUUUGUGGGUGUGCCAUUCUCCCUGCCCCUCUCGGGUACUCCUGCCAGGCCGAGCUCAGCAAAGCCAGUUCCCUCAGUUGGUACUCCUGCCAGGCCGAGCUCAGCAAGGCCAGUUCCCUCACUUGAUAGCCAAGAAGCAAGCACGAGCACGAGUGGCCAACCAGAAAUGGGUGAUAUGUUGGCCCACUCUUCGGGAAAUCCAAAGUCACACCAAGAAAAAGGGGACAAAGGACAAACACAAAUCUCCAACAGCAGCUAUGUGAUUGGGAUCAAGGAGGACCCCACACGAAGGAUCAUUGAGGGACAACAGGCUAUCACAGCCCGCUUGGAUAGGCUUGUGGAGCUGCACGAAGAGAUGGUGGCUAUAAAAGCUUCCAAACUUAAUGUAUGUUUUCAGAACGGAGAAAUUGUUUCAAAAUAUGAAUAA